CAGGGAGGAAAGAACAGGAGAAGAGGAAAGAACGAGAACGAGGACGAGAAGCGUGAGCUUGUGUUCAAGGAGGAUGGACAGGAAUACGCUCAGGUCACCAAGAUGCUUGGUAACGGACGUUUGGAGGCCAUGUGCUUCGACGGAGAGAGGCGUUUGGCGCACAUUCGUGGAAAGUUGAGGAAGAAGGUCUGGAUCAACCAGGGUGAUAUCAUCCUCCUCUCCCUCCGUGAAUACCAGGACGAGAAGGCCGACGUUAUCCAGAAGUACAAUGCCGAUGAGGCGAGAAACCUCAAGGCCUACGGAGAGUUGCCCGAGAACGCCAAGAUCAACGAGACUGACAUGUUCGGUGGUGAGGGUGACGAGGAGUGUAACUUCGAGUUCGACAUCGACGAGAUCUAA